GGUAACUUUAGCACCAACAUUCCGUACUUCACUCUCUAGCACUGAGGAGUGGCCAUGGAAGAUCCUGACAAGAAGACUGAAGUGGUACUGCUGGCCUGUGGGUCCUUUAAUCCCAUUACCAACAUGCACCUACGGUUAUUUGAGCUGGCUAAAGAUUACCUUCAUGAAACAGGAAAAUACAAAGUAAUCAAAGGAAUCAUUUCACCAGUAGGUGACGCAUAUAAGAAGAAAGGUCUGAUCAGUGCUGAUCACCGAGUAACUAUGGCAAAACUAGCUACAAAAAACUCAGAUUGGGUAGAAGUGGAUGACUGGGAAAGCUGCCAGAGUGAGUGGUUGGAAACACUCAAAGUUUUAAG